UCAGGGUCGGAUCGUUUCAUUUAUAACAGCCGGUCGACAAUAAACUAGACGCAUAUCAUAUCAAGAGUAAUUAUUACUCGCUUGCGGUCAGACAUGGAAGAUGAUCCGCCUUCCACAAGCUGUUUCCGAAGGUUUACGGAUUGUUUCCUUGGCUCAAGUCUGACAGAUGAGAAAGUGAAGGCUUAUCUCUCCCUUCACCCGCAGAUGCUGGAUGAGUUUGUACUGGAGAGCGUGAGUGUGGAGACCGUAGACAGAUGGCUGAAACGGAAAAACAGCAGCCAGCCUGCAGAUGAAUCUUCAGCUGAAGAUAUCAGCAGGUAUCAGGACACAAAUAUGCAGAGUGUCGUAUAUGAGCUCAACAGCUACAUGGAGCAGCGGCUGGACACUGGGGGUGACAACAAACUAUUGCUCUAUGAGCUGUGCAACAUCAUCAAAACAGCCACAAAAGCUGAUGGAUUUGCACUUUACUUCCUUGGAGAAUGCAACAAUAGUUUAUGUUUGUUCACUCCGACGGGGGCAAAAGACGGGCUUCCUGGGCUCAUUCCCUCUGGUCCCAUCACAUUUGGGACCACCAUUGCCGCUCACGUUGCAAAGACACACAAAACACUGCUUGCAGAGGACAUCAUGGGGGACGAGAGGUUCCCUCAUGGCACAGGGCAGAACUCAGGGAUACGUAUACAUUCUGUUUUGUGUCUACCCAUCCUCACUGCCAUCGGAGACCUCAUCGCUAUCCUGGAGCUGCACCGGCACUUGGGCAGAGAGCCCUUCAACCUCAGCCACCAGGAGGUUGCAACAUCAAAUCUGGCCUGGGCAUCUGUAGCCAUACACCAAGUCCAGGUCUGCAGAGGUCUUGCCAAACAGACUGAACUAAAUGACUUUCUCCUAGAUGUGUCAAAAACAUACUUUGACAACAUAGUGGCAAUAGAUUCUCUACUUGAACAUAUCAUGAUAUAUGCAAAAAACCUGGUUAAUGCAGACAGAUGUGCGCUCUUCCAGGUAGAUCACAAUAAUAAAGAGCUGUACUCUGACCUGUUUGACAUCGGGGAGGAGAAUGAAGGGAAACCCGUUUUUAGGAAAACCAAAGAAAUUAGGUUUUCUAUAGAAAAAGGAAUAGCAGGUCAGGUGGCAAGAACAGGAGAAGUUUUGAAUAUUCCGGAUGCCUAUGCAGACCCCUGUUUCAACAGAGAAGUAGAUCUCUACACUGGCUACACGACGCGGAAUAUCCUGUGCAUGCCAAUAGUCAGCCGCGGGAGUGUGAUUGGUGUUGUACAAAUGGUGAACAAGCUGGGAGGAAGUGCCUUCACUAAAACUGAUGAGAACAACUUUAAGAUGUUUGCCGUCUUCUGUGCUUUGGCCUUACACUGUGCAAAUAUGUAUCACCGGAUAAGACAUUCAGAGUGCAUUUACCGGGUGACGAUGGAGAAGCUUUCGUACCACAGCAUCUGCACGUCAGAGGAGUGGAAGACCCUUACACAACUCUCCCUCCCUUUAGCCAUAUAUAAAGAGAUCGAACUGUUUCACUUUGACUUUGCUCCUUUUGAGGAACUUUGGCCUGCAAUAUUUGUAUACAUGGUUCACAAUUCAUGUGGAAAAACCAGCUUUGAACAGGAGAAACUGUGUCGCUUCACGAUGUCAGUGCGGAAAAAUUACAGACGAGUUCCAUACCACAACUGGAAACAUGCUGUGACGGUGGCACACUGCAUGUACGCCAUCCUGCAGAAAACAACUGGGAUCUUCACUGAGCUUGAGAGGAAAGGUUUGCUUAUUGCCUGCUUAUGUCAUGACCUGGACCACCGUGGCUACAGUAACAGUUAUCUGCAGAAGUUUGACCAUCCGCUGGCUGCUCUGUAUUCCACAUCCACCAUGGAACAGCAUCACUUUUCACAGACGGUGUCCAUCUUGCAGCUGGAAGGGCACAAUAUUUUCUCCAACCUGACUUCCAGUGAGUAUGAGCAGGUGCUGGAGAUCAUCAGGAAGGCCAUCAUCGCUACAGACCUUGCUUUGUACUUUGGCAACCGCAAGCAGCUGGCUGAACUGAUGGCCACAGGGGCGCUGGACCUGAACAACCGUGCUCACAGGGACUGUGUGAUCGGUCUAAUGAUGACGGCCUGUGAUCUCUGCUCUGUGACCAAACUGUGGUCCGUCACACGACUCACAGCCAAUGACAUCUAUGCUGAGUUCUGGGCUGAGGGGGAUGAAAUGAAGAAGAUUGGAAUGCAGCCCAUCCCUAUGAUGGACAGGGAUAAAAAGGAUGAGGUUCCCCAGGGACAGGUGGGGUUUUACAAUGCUGUGGCUAUUCCCUGUUACACAACCAUGUUAGAGCUGUUUCCUCCCUCCAGUCCUCUGCUUACAGCCUGCAGGGAAAACCUGGCCCAAUGGGAACAAAUCGUGCAAGGAGAGGACACGUCUGCAUGGGCUUCCACUGAUGAGGCUGAACUGAGCGAAACAUCAGACAGUGGACCAGUAAAAGUGGACAAUUAAAUCCGUGGGACCUGUCCCACAGUGCAUCCUACAGUACACCCUGCCAGACACACUGGACAUCCUAUGGACAGUCCCACAUCCUGUAGAGACAGAAGGAAGCGCAGAGGGCAAGCAGGGAAGGAUACAUUCAGAAAAAAGAAACAAAAUAUAAUGUUACCUCAGUGGGUGAAGGAGGCGUACACUCUAAUGACAUCAGGGCUCCCCUGUUGAUGUUUGGGACUCAAGUCCACUCUGUGUGGGAUCACUUCAGCAGAAUGGCAGUACUUUUCCUUAGGAGGUUGCUUCUGCAUAUUUUUAUUUAGAUAAUUAUUUUUAUUUAUCUCAGUUUCUUUCCUGGUCUUACAUUUGAAGAGGCCUUAAAUACGAACCUGAGUUACGAUCUGGUUGGGUGACUUGUAACUAGAAGAUGGUUUGUGUAGUUUAAAAUGGUACUUUUUUAUCCUGCUGUGGUCACAAAUGUUGUACGCAAAGCUACUUGAAUGGAUAAAUUUUUAAGACAGACAGAAAGAAUGUUAAGCCACGGUUAAGGUGCAUGAGGCAUGAUAAACCCAUCGCUCUGGUGGUCUGAUGGAUGUUUUAUAUAAUAUUUUGAGCAAAAAUGUUUUGCAGUACUUGAAUGAAGAAAUACAGCCUAUUCUGAGUGGAGCUGAAAACAAAAAUCCCCUAAAGCGCGUCCUUCCAAAUCAAAGAGCUUUUGUGAUGGCAUAAGUUUCACUCUGAACCUUACUGGAGUCACACACAAGUCACGGUGUUCCUCACAGAGAUCUUCAGCAUCUUAGAACCUGAUAUGAAGUUUAACCCGUUGAAGCUCAUAGUGUUAUUGACAUUUAAAAGGGGUCAAAUAAGGAAUAAAAUGUUUCUCUUUCCAUUGUACCAUGAAAACUUACUCACAAAACUAUGUAGCUUUAUACAGUGCCUAACAAAUUAAUUAAACAAAAAAAUGAUUGUCAUUUAUUAGGCAAAUAAUAAUCUGUAACAAAUAAAUAUUCUUUAUUCACUUGCUUAUAUAGCCUAUUUUAUUUUUAUUUUGAAUGGCCUUCUUUGGCCUUGAUAACAGCUUGCAUUUUUUGCUGGCAUUGUUUUUAUGCAUUUUUCCACAAUCUCUGUUGUUAUUGACUUCCACAUAGUUUCUAGUUGUUCCCAAAGACUUACUUUUGAUUAACCUUUUGUGCAGUCUAUCUUUGUAUCCCAUAAAAUCCAAUAAUUAACAAUAAAACAAAUAAAUAAAACAAUUAAACAAUACAUAUAUUUUUGCAUUAGAAAUGCGACUGUGACUAUACUAGUGGAUUAACCAUUACAGAAACAUACAAAAAAUGAUUUUGGUAAUCACCAAUACUGUUAGUUUAGUGCAGCUGUGGCACAAACCUUACAUUGGAUGGUGGUCUAAUCAAUUUGUUAAGCACCGUAUAUGUUGAGCUGAAGACAACAAUGACUCUAAAAAGUCUACACACAUUCUUUGUUGGCCAUAGAAGUCUGAAGUGAUUAACAGAUUGGAUUAUUAUCAUUACUUGAGCUAAUGGGAUCUAGUUGUCUUUGCCAAGGGACACCGAAGAGUCUUAAUCUGCCACUGCUCAUUCAGUGCAAGUUUUUGACAUCAACUGCAGGACACCAGUUGGAUGUUCAAAAACAGUAAAAAUGAAUAGGGUGAAAAGAGUGGUUGUGAAAUUCUAAAUUAUGAUUUUACCAACAUAAUAAUUCAACCUCAAGAGGGAAAAAUUAUACCACCUCUUUACAUCUUCACUAUAAGAACUUGUGUGUGUACAAAGAAAUUAUGACUUAACAGACAGCAGAUAUGUUGAAAUAAUUGUUUGCAUGAGUGAGUAAGGUUACCCAAAAUCUGUUCAAAAAAGAAAAUGUACACAACCAAAUUGAUUGCUUGAUUAUGCAAACAUUUAUUAUGGAACUAUUUCUGAUUAUUUUCUGAUAUUUUUUUAUUAUUACUAUUAUUAUUAUUAUUAUUAUUAUUAUUAUUAUUAUUAUUAUAAAUUAUUAUUUAAGGUACUACAUCUCCACCAAAUCUGUAAAUGAAUUUAUACAAAAUAAAUAAAUUAAUAAAUAAAAGAUAAAUGACUGAACCUGUAGGGAAAUAAAAAUACAAAUACUAAUACAUUCA